GGGCGGGCGCGCGGUGUAUCGCGAUGCGGGGAAGCGCUCCGUGCGUGGGGGAACGUGCGCGGUGUGCGGUAAGACACGUGUCGUGUCCUGCAGCCGCCGUGCUGAUCGAAGGAAAUGAACAACAACAACAAACCGAAAGUUUCCCAAAGGCAGCACAUAAUCCGGGCGCACCCGUGGCUUUGUCGCUCCUUCCCUCCGCGGGUGUUGCUGCCUCUGCCCUCCUCUCCUGGUCGGCAGCGUGGGAUUUGUGCGUGGGAUGUGCUGAGCAGGGUGGUGGGAAUGGCACGGAUGGGGCGGGAUUCGCUGCCUGGGGAUUUCCUUUUAUUUAUAGCAAACAGUGGGAAUUAUGGAUUCUAAUUGCAUCUCGGUACCAUUUUUUUAAAGAACGUCCAUUAGAACAACCAUUCUAACUCCUGACGUGUUCCUGCAUGAAGAUAUGCAGAGAACACCGAGACCUCUAUUAAGCUGCAGUGUGAUGUUAUGCUGUGUGCUCCCUUAUGGUCAGACUUAACCCAAGUGCUCCAAGAUUUUUCUCUUUGAGUAACAUUAUUAGGGUGAGCAACUCUGAAUAGGAGAUAAUACCAGAAGCUGGUGGAAACCCACUGCUUCAUGUCAGAGUCUUCAUCCUUUAUGAAGAAGUUUUGUUGCCAAGACUUGCUGUGAAGAUGACCCACGCUACUGAAUGCAAUUGUCUGCAAAUGUAGGAGCCAACAAAUGUGAUGUCCUGCCCUCCCUUGACUUUCCUCUUUCUCACGGAGUUUAUAUUUCUAAAGUAUUUCUAGAUCUUUAUUGAAGACAUUUGGAUUCCAGCUAUGAGCAUAUCUAUGCAAGGAGAUGAGCAAGCCUGAGCAAUGCUGAGUUUUGUUCAGUGGAGGGACUGCUGUAUGUCAGCCAUGCUAAAGGGCAAGUGAUGGAGAUAAGCAUGAGAUCACCGUGGCACAGCUGCAUGUGUAGUCACUCUUGAAGCAAUUGCACACCUAAUUGGCUGACAAUCUUGGCAUUUUUAAAACAAACACAAGUCUUUUAAAGACAGGGGACAUGUUUAUAUACGAAUAGUCAAAUUAACCCGUUGGUUGUCAUCAAUGGAGCCCUCUGGCAGUGAACAGUUGUGCGAUGACCCUGAUCCUGGAGGCAAAUCCCAAGAUCAAGAGACCAAAAAACAACACGAAUCAGAGCAAAAAUUAUCCAAAAUAACCCAUAAUGCUUUGGAGAACAUUAAUGUGAUUGGUCAAGGUUUGAAGCACCUUUUCCAGCAUCAGCGCAGGAGGUCAUCAGUUUCUCCACAUGAUAUUCAGCAAGUUCAGGCUGAUCUGGAGUCUGACGUGGAUUUGGAAAGCCAAAGCACCUGUGCUGAAAUUGAUGGUGUCUCCACCCACCCUACAGCUCUGAACCGAGUGCUUCAGCAGAUCAGAGUGCCACCUAAAAUGAAGAGAGGGACAAGCCUGCACAGCAGGCGGGGCAAGAUGGAUCCUCCCAAAGGAAGUCCGCAGAUCAACAGGAGAUCUGCCCAAGAUAUGCAAUCAGGUCGUCCCAGAUCAUCAUCCACUACAGAUGCUCCCAUGAACUUGUCCGUGACUGAGAGUGCUUCUUCUGUCUGUGUAGGUGGAGAGGAGGCCACAGCAGCAAUUGAACGACUGGAAGUCAGCAGUCUAGCACAGACCUCCAGCGCAGUGGCCUCAAGCACUGAUGGCAGCAUCAAUGCAGACUCCGUUGAUGGCACCCCAGAUCCUCAGCGUACAAAAGCAGCCAUCACACACCUGCAGCAGAAGAUACUGAAACUGACUGAGCAGAUCAAAAUCGAACAAACAGCCCGUGAUGACAAUGUGGCAGAGUACCUGAAGCUGGCCAACAACGCGGACAAGCAACAGGCUGCACGCAUCAAGCAAGUCUUUGAGAAGAAGAACCAGAAAUCUGCCCAGACCAUCGCCCAGCUGCAGAAGAAGCUAGAACAUUACCAUCGAAAGCUGCGAGAAAUUGAACAAAAUGGAAUCCCUCGGCAGCCAAAGGAUGUCUUCAGGGAUAUGCACCAGGGAUUGAAAGAUGUUGGAGCAAAAGUCACUGGCUUCAGUGAGGGAGUAGUAGACAGUGUUAAAGGUGGGCUUUCCAGUUUCUCCCAAGCCACGCAUUCAGCAGCAGGAGCUGUGGUUUCCAAACCCCGGGAGAUUGCCUCUCUCAUCAGGAACAAGUUUGGAAGUGCAGACAAUAUUGCUAAUCUGAAAGACUCCUUAGAAGAAGGCCAGGAAGAUGGAACGGGAGGCAAGGCUCUAGGUGUUAUCCAGAACUUUCAGUCAAGCCCAAAAUAUGGCAGUGAAGAGGACUGCUCCAGUGCUACAUCAGGCUCAGUGGGAGCCAACAGCACAACAGGGGGCCCUGUGGGAGCUUCCAGCUCCAAAACAAACACUCUGGAUAUGCAGAGCUCAGGGUUUGAUGCAAUACUACAUGAGAUUCAAGAAAUUCGAGAGACGCAGGCAAGACUGGAAGAGUCAUUUGAGGACCUUAAGGUUCGCUAUCAGAGGGAUUACUCAUUAAUAAUGCAGACUUUGCAGGAGGAGCGGUACAGAUGUGAAAGACUGGAAGAGCAGCUAAAUGACCUGACUGAGCUCCAUCAGAAUGAGAUCCUGAAUCUGAAACAGGAGCUGGCCAGCAUGGAGGAGAAAAUUGCCUAUCAGUCUUAUGAGCGAGCCCGGGACAUCCAGGAGGCCCUGGAAGCAUGCCAGACCCGCAUCUCCAAGAUGGAGCUACAGCAGCAGCAGCAGCAGGUGGUGCAGCUGGAGGGUCUGGAGAAUGCCACAGCCAGGAACCUGCUGGGGAAGUUCAUCAAUAUCCUCCUGGCUGUCAUGGCUGUCCUCCUUGUCUUCGUCUCCACUGUGGCCAACUGCGUCGUGCCCCUCAUGAAAACUCGCAAUAGGACGUUCAGCACUUUAUUCAUAGUGGUUUUCAUUGCCUUUUUGUGGAAGCACUGGGAUGCCAUCUCUGGCUACUUGGAACGGUUCUUGUCUCCCCCCAGAUGAUGCCAUGAGGAAUCGGCUGCAUUGCCCCCUCCCAGCACACUCGGUGAGCAAGCGUGGCAAAGAUUAGUUGGCAACUACUCCGCUGAAGUUUUGAAGUGUCUGAGUGAAUUUGUUUACAUUUAGAAUAACGUUUUUUCUCUGCAAGAUGCAUUGCAAUAGUAUUUUUUAGAUUUUAUUCAAGAACUCUUUUUGGUGAGAAUCCUGGAUAAUUUUUAUGUAGCACGGUUCUCUUUGGAUGCAAAUCUUAAGAUUCUUUAAAGUGUACAAAAUAAAUAAAUAAAAUACAGAAAUUUGGAGCAUACCAAUGGGCAACUUAAACUGUGGUUUGAACUACUGUACUAAACCUGUCAGGAAGAAGAAAAUGUGAUUAACUUAAGAUGAGCAAAACUAAAGGUAGUGCACACAGCCUUGAGGGAUGGUAACACAGCAAACCUGUAACUAAACUUUUACUGUGAAGUCUGCACACAUUCCAUGUCCAAAUGUAUGGGUUCGGAGUGGUUUCUUAACAAGAAAACAUCGUGUGGAUCUUUCCCGACUCAGCGUCUGGGUUCACCAUUUGUGCUAACCUGACUGAACAGUGACUUUCUGUAAGGCUGGUUAACUUUGCUAAGCCUAUGAAGUGGAAGCCUCAUGCCAUAUACAGUAACUGCACAGUUGUGCUGCAGUAUUUUGAAGUAGUCCUUGAAACACUUACCUUUAAGCAAAGCCCUUGGUCGCACUUUUAAGUUGUUUUUUUUUAAUGUAUGUAUAUUCACAGAUUAAAAAAAAAAAUCCAAACAGCAUACUUGAAGAGUAUUAUACUCAAACUCUCAGUGCUUCCUUAUUGUUUCUAAUAGGAUUUAUUAUUAUUAUUAUUAUUAUUAUUCGGUUGUUGAUUUUUUGUUGGUUGGUUUGUUGUUUUGCUUGUGGUUUUUUUGGUUUUUUUUUGUUUGUUUUUUGAAGGGGUCAGGUGGGUCAUUGCUUUUUUUUUUUUUUUCCUUAUAAAUAAAGAAGUGAUGUUUUUAAAUGAAGAAAUGCGUGAAUAAUUAUGAGCUGUCUUGUCCUGAAGCAGUUUUGUGGAAGGCAGACGGUAGUUUCUAGUGCCAGCCUGUCUGGAACACAGUGCUGUUCAUACGCCAUUUCUGUCCUGUGCACACAGAUGCAGCAUCAGGAAGAACAUCAUCCUCUCCGCACAUUCUUGUCAGGCAGGUGUUUUGUUGGUUUUUUUUUUCCUUUUUCCAAAUGUGAAAAAGAAUAUAUUUGUAUUUCUCUCUUCAGCAUCAUCUCUCAUUCCUGGCCUCGGGUUAAGAAUAGGGAAUUUCUUUGCAUACCUUCUUAGGCAACAGGUUCUUUUAAGGAAAGAAAUGCUGAAUCGAGUUUGCUUACAGGAAUGAUUGCCUCAGAAAUAUCCCUGAUUCCGUUUUUAAAUAAACUUAAGAUUGAAACCAAAGUUUUCCUGUCCACAGAUCAGAUCAUCUGUGUAGAGAUUUUGUAAACUGUAUCUGUGUAGUGUGCCAUAGUUAGCAUCCUCUGUGAGGGCGAGCACUCAUAGUACCUUUUCAAAUCCCUAAAGGAAAUGUUGGCUUCAGCCAUAAUUGGUGCAGGCUGCUGUUGCUGAUGGAUGUUGGUACCGGCAGGCAAGGCUGCGUGUCCAAGGAAUGUGGAUUCACUCAGUUUUUUUAAAGUUUGGUGCCCCUUUCAUUGUAACAGUGUCAAGAUACAGCUUCCAUCUCCAUGAAAUGUUAACAGACUCCGGGAGUCUUUCAGCACCAUUUGUGGUGUUUAUUCAGAUGAUGCUAUUCUUCUUCCUUCUGGGUUUAUAUUCUCUGUAGGAACUAAAUGUUGCUCAGGUGACCUAGACCAGUUGAGAUCAUACAUAUUCAUACACGAAACAUAUGCAUUAUAUAUACAAUAUGUGUGUAUGUGUAUAUGUAUAUAUGUAUACAUAUGUGUAUACACAUAUACACACACAUAAAUGUAAAAUAUACGCCAUGAUGCAAAUUCUGGACUCUUUAGAAAUCCCCCUGAACUAGGUUAACUGAUGGCUGGCUGAUAAAAGCCCUCCGCAGCUCACCCAUUCUUCAGAGAUUCUUUGUAUUUUUUCCAUACUCACAGAAAUCUCAGGUACCCUGCAGGGAUCCCAGCACACCUGCCUUUGUCACCGUAUGCACUAAUCUGUUCCUGUCGUACUUCAAAUGCAAAUUGCCAAUUGCAACUUCCUCAAGCCAAAAAGAAUAGUUCUUCUCACACGAGUUGCAGACAGAGCAAAGGUUGCAUAAUUGUUUCCUCUCUGGACAGUUCUUGUAGCUCAAGUGAAGCUGCAUUCUGUAUACAGUCCUUAUCUGGCUGGUACAGAUUAUGCAGAUAAUCAUCUUCUCCUUUUUAGGUUUUGUCAGAAACAACAGCGUGGAUAACAGUAAGAAAUAAUUUGGUACAUAGCUGAAAAGUGUUGUUGCCUUUAUUUGUGGCUCCUAGCCUCUGCACCUCCGUUCUCCUCAGUUUUGGUCACUCUACAAGAGCUCGUGGUAGGUUUUCCUGUGGUCAAAUCAGGAAGGAAUUGGAAGCCAAUGAAUUUGGAGGCUCAGUGCCACUCAUCUGUAGUAUGUGAAGGCAGUGAUUGCCUCUCUUCUUUAUACCCUAACUUCAUUUAGCAUCUCAAGUGUGUCACUGUCAGUAAAUGCCAUUUGCUAAUUUGCCAGGUGUAGGCUUGAUAGAAACUUAUCACCUCAAAACUGUUUGGCAAAGGCCAUGUAUAUAUGGCUCCAGACAAUGUCUGUCUGUCUGUCUCUUUCUCUCUCGACACUUUUUUCCAUUCCAGAGAGUCAUCUGCAGUAAUGCCACAUAUGAUGCUGCAUCCACUUUUCUUAUCCCAACAGAGCUGCCAUGUGUUUUGCCUUUUGCAUUAGCAGAAUGUUUUGGGGUUUUCCUCCCUCUUCAAUUUGAAGGUCUGUGAUGAUUUCUGAUAGGUUAACAAUGAUUAUAUUGUUGGACAUGUGAUUCUAGCUUUAAGGCUCCCUUUCCCUGUCAGUGGUUGUGUUUGCUUUCUUGAUGAAGCAUUUCUGGAUGAUGUGUAGAAGAGUCCCUGGUGUGGCUGUGCACGUGUGAGUACCUUUUGUGGACCUUCCUUUUGGAUGUAUGCUGUUCUAGUGACCAUCUCUGAGUUGCAGAAUGUUUCCCUCAACAUUUCAUAUUUGGAGCUGGAAUUCUGGAAUUAUUUGGGUAUGUUUAGUGCAUAUCAACUUGGGAUGUGAAAAGGGAAGAAUGUCACGGACUGUGCUAGUUGGGAAAGCACCGACUCUUCAGAGAAAUUCUGGGGUUCAAGUGAAAUUCAUCUUUUUUUCCCUAUUUGUUUUCUCAGUGUAAAAAAAAAAAGAAAAAAGAAAAGAAAAGAAAAGAAACAAAACAAAAAAGUCAUCUUGAUGCAAAAAAAUGGCUGUCUUUGAUUUGAUGAAUUUCCCUUUCCUCUCAGCUUCAUUAGUUUACAUUAAUGAUACCAAGCAUGCUCACAGCAAUGAUUUCCUUGGAUUAUUCCAGUCCUGUGAGCUUUUAGGGUCUGAUCAGAUUAAUUGAGUUCUGUACGUGUUGCACUGGGACAGAGAAGCACUGUCUUUCAGCUUUGACAAUUAUGCAUUUUUUAAAUUAAACAAAAAGGCAGCAUUACAGCAGAAUACACCGAGCUACAAAGGGGUCCAAGAUUGGGUAGUUCUGACAGUUUUAAAGUGAAUUCUGAAUGUGGCUAAAGAGUUAAAACCCUGUGUGUCUGUGUUGUGUGUGCCGGGUGGUAUAGUGGUAGGCAAUUGACUUAGCUGUAAGUGUGUUUUAAAAGUGUAAAAAAUAAACUGAAAAACUCACUUGCACGGAUUGAAGAGUACAGAAAUGACACUUGUGAAAGUAACACUGUAGUUUGUAGAUCUUAAGCUGCUAAUUGUUGAGAGAGAUUUACAUUUGUCUUGUCUGAUUGUUGCAGAUUUAUCUGUGACACUUUUACUGUAUAUAAAAAAUAAAUAAAGACCUCAGCUAUUAA